AUGAAGGCUAUCUGCGUGUUACUCUGCAUAGCGUUAGCCCGGGACAGCGCCGGCAACAUCUUCCAACAGCGUCGUAAUAAACCAGAAAUCCGACGAUACUUAAGCCAUUCCAACGAAAACGUCGACCAAUAUGAAAACGAGCCUGUGUAUCAACAAAAUCAAUACAAGAAUAACCAAUUCAGGGAGUGGAGUGCCGAAGAACAUCUAGCCAAGCAAAGGAAAUACGACUAUCCUCAGUACCACCAAAGAAAUUAUAAACAACCCCAGUCCCGAUUCAGUGAACAGGCUGAGCACCAGUACAAACAACAAAAAGCUAUUGAACAUCAGUACCCUUACCAGGAACCCGUAGAAUACCAAUACCGAUUCCAGGAGCCUGUAGAACACCAAUACCGAUUCCAGGAGCCUGUGGUACACAUGUACCGAUACCAGAAGCCAGCACAACAAAAAUACCACAAGAAUAACUACCACAACACCAAGACCUCUCACAUCUACCAACCAGAAGAUGAUAAUGACUCGAAAUAUGAACAGGAGAUAAGUCGCUAUGCCGAUGCUGUUUCUGAGUCAAAGGAAAUCGAAGACGUCGUUCAAAGGUUGAACUUGCCUAAUGCUGACCAGCACGCAUUACCUAAGUUUGCUGAUAUGGAAGCAGUUUCUAACGUCUUCACAUCAAACAAAAACGAAGAGUCCAUGUACGGUGACGCCGUUGUAUGGAGGGGUAUCCAAGUGGCAGCUAACCCAGAAAACCAUAUCUCAGAAAAAGAUAUCCAGAAAUUUUACAUUGAAGCUCAGAAGGCUACGAAGCAUAUCGACCGUGACACCAAAACCACGUUCCAUAGGAAUGUAAAUGUCGCAAUUAAUACUGAAAAUGAAGACACUCACCUUAAUGCUACACAACUGCUUAAGAAGUACCAAUACCCGGUGGAGGAGCACACCAUCAAGACUGAAGACGGAUAUUUACUUACACUAUUCCGCAUUCCACCGAAGCAGGUGACCAAUGAAGACAAACAGAGACCAGUCGUUUUCCUGAUGCAUGGCUUGCUCAGCUGCGCUGAUGACUGGCUAUUGAUGGGUCCACAUGAAUCCCUUGCUUACCAACUUUCGGACGCUGGCUACGAUGUCUGGCUCGGCAACGCACGUAGCAGCAGAUACGCCCACCAUGUCAGCAAGCACCGCAUGAAUCCCGAUUUCUGGCAGUUCAGCAACGACGAAAUCGCUCUAUACGAUUUACCAGCAAUGAUCGACUAUGUCCUUCAGACGUCCAACCAACAGAAGAUGGUCUACAUUGGUCAUUCACUCGGAACUACAGCUUUCUUCUCCCUCGCUGCCGCUCGUCCAGUAUACAACAACAAGAUCGUGGUGAUGUACGCUCUGGCACCUAUGACAUAUAUGAGCAAUGUUCGCAGCCCCUUGAUGCGCAUGAUCGCACCCACCAGCGAGCUCUACGACAGCUUGAACCAACAACUCGGCCGCGGUGAAUUUAAGCCCAGCAAAGAAGUAGUACGAACGCUCGGCGGCGAAAUGUGCCAGAAGGAGAUUGAAUGCAGACAUCUCUGUUCCAACGUGUACCCAGUGAUGACGGGCGUCAAUGUAGAACACUUGAACACCAGCAUUAUUCCGUUGAUCCUGAGCCACUUGCCCGCUGGUGCGUCUACCAGGCAAAUUAAGCAGUACGGUCAAUCGGUGGCAUCUCAUGACUUUAGAAUGUACGAUUUCGGUGCAGAGCUCAACAAGAAGGUAUAUGGUGAAACUCAGCCUCCGAAAUACGAUAUGACAGCGGUCACCGCACCUGUCGCUCUGUACUACAGUGAAGACGACUGGCUCUCUCAUCCCAAGGACGUGCAGAGGUUGAAAGAGGAUCUCCCCAACGUCACUGAGGAAUACAAAAUACCCCAGGAAUACUUCACUCAUAUGGACUUCCAGUUCUCCAACCAGGCUCAUGACGUCUACGUGAAGUUGAUCGAAUCGAUCCAGAAAAACUACCCUUAUUAGGUUAAUAAAUUAAUAUUAACUAGGAACUUGACUUAUAUAAUAUGUACAAAUAAUAAAUUAUACCCAUGUAUGUUAAGUGUACGACUCAUUAAUUACAAUAAGAUGUAUUAUUUUGUAUUUCACUGAAACUUAAAUAAAGCCGUCCUUUUUAGUACAUAUCUACUAUUUUUAUUUAUUACUCUUUAAUCUUCUCGUCUUCAGGUUUUCAGUACCUCAAAACUUUUUUUUAUCAGUAUCAUAUGCUAGCCACAUACAUACACAAGUUUUGAAAUAACCUUUUUGAU